AGGUACUGAACCUUCAGGAAUUUAAUAAGACCCAGCCCCGGUCAAGAUUUGUUGCCUGUGAUCAACUGGACACUGACUGAAAAUGCCAACCCAAAUGCAGUAUUAUAACUCCUCUCCUUCAGUGACAGGGAUUCUGCAUCCCCAGACUGCACAGUGUGCCUUUGAGAACAUGAGACCCAGAGACCCCUAUCCCAGUCAUACUGCACCACGGAUACAACCCUCCACGGGAUUCCAGUUCCGAGAUAUUUCACCUCUGCGGGACAAACCUCUUUGGAAUGACCCACGCAACAAAUCAGUUGCUUGGACUAAGUCUCUCCGGAGAUAUAGGGUAACCUUGAAUCACAGGCCUGUUGAAUCUGUGCUGAGCAGAAAAGCACCUUUUGCAGCUCGAACCUUAAGUGCUGGCUUGAGUGGUCAUAGGUAUAGAAAUGGUUGUGUUGAUGUGUUGCCACAAUAUAGUUCAAUGAAUGAUCCCCACUUGUUUGACUACUAUGCAAGGAAGUUUGGACUGCGGGGGACUACCAGGUGUCUUCCAGUUUCUGAUCAAAUGAAGAGACAUCACCAAAGUGCACCCCAAUACAGGUACAAAAGUGCUAGUACCGGAUCCAGUUCUGCAGUGCACAGCAACGUGUUAUACAAAGUCACUGUGAAGACUGGAGAUAAGAAAGGUUCAGGAACUGAUGCCAGGGUAUUUCUUAAGAUGAAGGGCUCUAAAGGAAAACUUAGCAAGACACGUUUAUAUACGAAAACUGGAUCUAAUGUAUCUCAACAAACAGCUGUGUUUUAA